UCUACUGUGAACAUUCAACAUGGAAACUCGAACUUUGUUUCAUCAGAGAGAGGAGGAGCAAAAGGAAGAGAGACAGCGAAGCUUGGAAAUGACUUCCAGGACAAGAAAGACUAAGUUCAAGUCCAGUGAGGAAGAAGAGACCUUCACCCUUUCAGAGUUAUCCAUGGCAGCUGCCCUCGCCUUAACCUCAGAAAUAUCACAGGACGCCAAGCUGAGGAAAGAAACUGCCAUCCUGGAACUGGAGAAAAGGGGACAGAAGAGAGUUCGAUUUGGAAAUGAAAUGGAAAAGCUGGAAAAGACUGUCAUUAGGAACUGCAGACUCCUGCGUGUGAGAGCUGACCGCAAAGCCCUUCGCAGGAAGGCUCUAGAGAAAGCUCGCCUAGAGAAAGAAUACAUUGAGCUGCGAUCAGCCCGGCCACCCAUGUUCUGGAUCCCACUCAGAGCUCAUGGAGUCUGGGAAAGAAUGGAAGUGAAGCUCACUUGCACAGUCCUGGCUUCCCCCCCCCCACAGGUUGCCUGGUAUAAAAAUGGAAUCCCUAUUAAUUUCCGACUGGCUCCAGCAGGAAAAUACAGGAUGCAGAACAAGUUUGGCACGCUCACGCUCUACAUCAGCAGAUGUUCUAUGGAAGAUUCUGCUGAAUACAGUGUUGAAGUUAAAAACCCUUAUGGUGAGGCCUAUUCAUUUGCUUCAGUGCUUGUCAGAAAAUAUUAUGAGAAGAAGUCAGGAUUUGAUUCAGAAAUAUAUAAAAGAUCACUCAUUGGGAAAGAGGCAGAUUUUGCCUUUGCACUGAAACCCUUGUUCUCAAGAGAGAAGGAACCUUUCACCCUCUCCUGCUACUUUUCUUCUGAUUUACUUGAGCAUCAACGGGACGUCAGCUGGUUCAGAGAUGGCAAGUUGGUGAAGGAUUCCAAACAUCAGCAAAUAAAAUGCUGGGAUCAUGAGGCUUCUCUGACUGUGCUGUGUGCUUACAAAGAAGAUGAGGGAUUCUACACUAUCCGUGUCCCUACACUGGAUGGAUACAAUGAACAGAGUGCUUACGUAUUUGUCAGAGAUGCUGUGGCAGCAAUGGCUGGUGCCCCUGGAUCCCCGCUCAAUGUGAAGUGCCAUGAUGUGAAUAAAGACUCCCUGAUCCUUUCCUGGGUGGCACCCAGUAACAGCGGAAGAAGUCCAGUCCUUGGAUACUAUAUUGAAAGGUGUGAGGCAGGCACAGAUGAUUGGGUACCAUGCAAUGACAAGCCUGUGAAAGCCUGCAGAUGUCCUAUUGGGGGCCUGGUUGAAGGAAAGACAUACCAGUUCCGAGUUAAGGCUGUCAAUCAUGCAGGCAUCAGUCAUCCUUCAAAGGCCAGUGACCCAGUUACAAUGAAAGACCCCAAUGAGGACAAAAGAGUGAUGACCAUCCUUUAUGAUGAUGGAAAGAAGAUAGAAAUUUCCAAAGAUGAACUGGAAGGAAAGAUUAAAAUCCCCUUGCCACCCACCAAUGUCCAUGCAAGUGAGAUCAGAGAAGAUUAUGUGGCCCUCACUUGGGAUGAACCCGAUCCUAGAGGCAGGGAGCCACUGAGUUACUAUGUGGAAAAGUCAAUCACAGGGAGCAACUGCUGGCAAAUGGUUAAUCUGGAUAUCCCCGUGGCGUCCCCAAGAUUUGCAGUCUUUGAUCUUGUUAAAGGAAAAUCCUACUGUUUCCGUGUGAGGUCUCUUAACAUAUAUGGUGUGAGUGAGCCGUCCCUGCCCAGUGAGCCCAUAUCUCCUGGAACAAAAUUAGCUCCCCUUCCACCGCCCUCUCAGGUCCUUGCCUUUAGAGACACCAAGACGUCUGUUGUUGUGCACUGGGAUAAGGUGAAGGAGGAGGAGGCCUUCGGCUAUUACAUAUAUUGUCGGGAGACUGGAACAGAAGAAUGGCAAACUGUCAACAAUAAACCAGUGACAUGUGACAAGUUCACUGUUCCUGGACUCCAGACAGGGAAAGAGUAUGAGUUUUGUGUGAAAACUGUCAGUGAAGCAGGGCUGAGUGAAAGCUCACCAAAAUCUGAUCCCAUUAUUGUCAGGCCAGCUAUUGCUUGUCCAUCGGCACCACGUGACUUUGCCCUAUUGAGCUGCGGGAAGAAUGAUAUGGUCAUUGGGUGGAAACCCCCAAAGCGCAAAGGGGGAGGAAAGAUUCUGGGCUACUUCCUGGAUCAGCAUGAUAACUAUGAGGAAGACUGGCAUGAAAUCAAUAUUAAGCCUAUUCCCCAACGAACCUAUAAGGUGACCAACCUCGAAAAAGGACACUCCUAUGAGUUCCGUGCUUGUGCAGUGAAUAUGGCUGGAGUUGGGAAAAUGUCUCAACCUAGUGACUUAUUCAAAUGUGAGGAAUGGACCAUGCCACAGCCAGGCCCCCCCUAUGAUGCGAGGUGCACUGAAGUGCGAGACACAUCCCUGAUGCUACACUGGGAAGCACCAUUGUAUACUGGAGCAGGUCCGAUCACUGGCUAUCACAUAGAAGUGUGUGAAGAAGGGUCAGAAGAAUGGAAGCAAAUAAAUAAGCAGCCAGUAUCCAGCACCCACAUGAGGGUUUCUGACUUGGAGACAGGGAAAUGCUACAUUUUCCAAGUACGAGCACUGAACAAAGCAGGGGUUGGUCCUCCUUCAGUUCCUUCAGAUCCUGUGAUGGUUAAAACCAAACCAGGCAUAAAUGAGAUUGAACUUGGCGUGGAUGAAGAAGGAUUCAUUUACAUGGCCUUUGAAACUCCUGAGAUGUGUGAUUCCUCUGAGUUUAUUUGGUCAAAGGAUUAUGAGGGACCUCCAGAUCCUGACCGAGUUAGAACUGAAGAUCAAGACAACAAAUCUAAGCUCAUACUGAAGGAUCCAUCAGAAAAGGAUCUGGGGACAUAUUCAGUGGAGGUAACAGAUGUGGAUGAUGAUAUCUCUGCCAGCCAUACUUUAACACAAGAAGAACUGGACAACCUGCUGAAACUCAGCCAUGAAAUCAAAAACCCGUUGAUUAAGCUGAUUUCUGGGUGGAACAUUGAUGUUCUUGAGAAAGGAGAAGUGCGGUUGUGGUUGGAGGUUGAAAAGCUGUCACCAAAUGCAGAGCUACAUUUAAUCUUCAAUGAGAACGAGCUUACAAGCACUCCGACACAUAAGAUAAACUUUGACAGAGCUAAUGGCCUCAUAGAACUGAUAAUCCAGAACUUCUGUGAAGAUGACAAAGGAACAUACACAGCCCAACUACAAGAUGGAAAAGCGAAGAAUCAGUUCACCCUAGCUCUUGUUGAUGACACUUUUGAUAAAGUAGCAGAAGAGGCUGCUGCUAAGCGGAGAAAAUGGAAGAAAAAGCAAGGGCCUCAUUUUAUAGAGAAUUUGCAAUGGAAGGUUACUGAGGACUGUGAAGUGCUACUUACUUGCAAGGCAGCAAACUUGAGAAAGGACACCAGCUUUGAAUGGUUCUUCAAUAAAAAAUCACGAUCAGGUGGUCAGUUUGACCCAGAGACUGGGACUGGAGUUCUUUGGAUAAAAAAGAUUACCAAAGCAGAUGAGGGAAUAUACAGAGCAGUUGUUUCUGAUGACCGGGGAGAAGAUGCUACUGACCUUAAUCUCACUAAAGAAAGGUUUGAAGAUCUUCUCAAAGAGCUAUGCAGAAUCAGCGGUAAGUCNGCUACACCUCUGAAAAUCCAGCCAACUGCUGAAGGUAUCAGACUCUACACUGAAGUGAAGCACUACACUGACUAUAUGAAAACAACCUGGUAUCAUAAGGAUAAGCGACUAGAAAGUGGUGAGAGGCUGAAAGCUGGGAGUACAAUGGAUCAGAUCUGGCUUCAUAUACUGAAUCCCACAGAUGCAGACAAGGGGAAAUAUACCCUGGAAUUAUUUGAUGGGAAAGACUCUCACAAACUUUCAACCGAUUUGUCUGGACAAGCUUUUGCUGAUGCAAUGGCUGAACAUCUAAGACUAAAGGAAGCAGAAAUAGCAAACAAGUAUCGUGCCAGAGUUGUCCAAGGUCUGCCAGAUGUUGCUACCAUCAUGGAGGAUAAGACCCUGUGCUUGACUUGUUGCAUCUCUGGCGACCCUUACCCAGAAAUCACAUGGUUCAAAAAUGAGAAGGUAAUUGUCUUUAAGGAUCGUUACAAAAUAGAAGUGAAGGGAACAGUUGUCACAAUUACCAUUGAGAGAGUCUGCAGUGAUGACACAGGAAAAUACAGCAUAUUUGUUAAGAAUAAAUAUGGCUCUGAAACAGGGCAGGUUACAAUCAGUGUAUAUAAGCAUGGAGAGGAACCAGAAGCACUACAGGAAAAAUAACUUCCAUCAUACUCCAAAACACAGAUUUCUCAAGGGAAUUAAACACUGAAUGUAAGGCAUCUAACUCCCUAGGGUUCCUUUGAACUUCUCAAACCUAAAAUUGAGACCACUAUUUCUCUUUCCUGACAUUAUCCAGGUAUAAAAUAAACACAUACACAGUGCUGUUUGCUGGAAAAUGUAGCAAACUAAAGUGAUUUCUGGUAAGAGAAAUGAAAAAAGCCCUUCAAUAAAGCAUCUGCAAAAAUCUAGAGAAAUCCUUCAAAAUUUCACUGAAGUAUUCUAGCCUAAACCUACAAAAUUACAUAAGCUCCUCAUAAAGGGCAUCUCUUUUCAGCUUACUGCACUGUGUGGGAUAGACGAGUGGUAUACAGGAACUUUAUUUUUAAGAUCUUUUCAUAUUAAAUCUCUCUGUUAUUGAAUAUCCUGUAGCAGGUAAUUUGUGUGUGUGUUAUUAAACUUAUCCCUGCUGAACCACAAUUCAGCACAGUCCUCCAGGAUAUGCCUAACUUGAUGUUAGUAGACCUACUCAUGUGCUUAAAGUUAGGUAUAUUCCUAACUUCACUGAAUCAAGAUCCUAAUGCAU